ACCUUCAAGUUAUGUCAUAUGACCGAAGCAAAAGUUUUGACAUGAAUUUGUUUGGCUCAAGAAUUUGCGUAUGUGCAGAUGAAGAUCUUUACUUCUGUUUAGUUAAGUUAUUUCAUUUUCAAGGUGAAUGAAAACAAAAGUGCAAAUGCUUAAUCUUCACAUUGAUGGUGAUACAGAGUUGAUCCAUGAUCUAGCAUACUCGUAUUUGGUGCAAUUAGACACACGGAAGUGGAUUGGAAAAUGGUUCAUGCUAAAAAAAGGAUUAACUUUCAGUACGUUUGAAGUUAUAUGGGGGAUAAGUAAUGGACAUAAACGUCUCAACGAGUCACACGCAUGGACAAAUGCUAUAGGCGGGUUUUCCAAAAUCUCGGCACCCAAUUUCGUCAUCCAGAGCUCCAAUUUUGAAGCCAAGGCUGUUAAUUUCAAGGAACCCUUGGAGCGGUUACAAGUUGUGUCUGAUGGCACUUGGCAUUCAUGGGCUAAGUUACGCACGUCUGAUUGGAACUUAUAACCAAUAAAGAAUUAAUGGAACUUGCCUUUGAUGUCAAGUUACCAUCUGAUGAAGAUUAAAAGAACUUACUGAAGCAAGUUACCUCUAGUGAAG